AUGUUCUCCAUCACUAUUCUUUAUGGCGGUCUUAUCAUUAUACUUCGUUUAGUUGCAUCAUAUUUCAUUGAUAUUUUCUUUAAAUUUCAAAAAUAUUCAAAUCAUCGAAAUACAAAUACAUUCGAACCAAUUCAAUCAUUAAAACAUUUAAAUUUAUUUAAAAAUAUUCAUGAUCGAACAGAAAUAAGUAUUAAACAGCAAAGAAUUAUCACUCGUGUUUAUUUAAUCCUAUUAUCUGGUUUGAUAUGUUGUCUCUGUCUCUAUACGAUAUUUAGCAAGGAAAUUAUAACAAUAACAGUAUCAAAUCCUUCCAUGGCAAUGUACGAAUCAUUAGAGAAUAUCUAUUUAACUACAGUUCAAUGUCCAUGUUCAAAUAAAACAAUAUCUCAUCGAAUAUUUAUGUCUUUUUCUCCAACAUUUCAUCAAAUAUGUUCAAGUGGUUUUGUUGAUGAAGAUUGGAUUAUAUUAUUAAAAACCAGUUCAAACAUCGCCAAUGACAAUGAUUGGCGAAAUCAAGCAUAUAAAAAUUUUCAAUUAAUAUCGGAUUUUUGUCGAUUAUCUAAUACAACAAUUAAGGAAGCUGUUGAUAGAUUUCUUUCACAAGUCUUUAUUGCUUCUACUAUUAUGAAUAAAACUGACUUUGAUAAACAAUUUAAUGCAAGUAUCAAUCAAUUUUAUCGAUCAACACUUUACAAUUUUGAUCUUUUGAAAGAGGUAGUAUAUCUUACUAUGCAAGUUGAUCAACUUUAUUCCGGAUCAUUCAAAAAUACAUUCUUAUACAAUUUUGACACUAGACUUGUUGCAAAUGUAAUAACAAAUGAAACAAAUAAUAUCACAACGCAACAAGUUCAAUUUAUUCAACACGAAAUUAUCGGGGUUAAUCCAACGUUGAUCGAAUGCGCUUGUAAUAUGAAUUCAUAUUGUCAAAGUCAAGCCGUUAUUUAUGACAACGCUUAUGAUUAUAUAUCUAAUAAUGAUAUUAAUCUCAUUUAUAAUAUAUCUGGAUGGAUUCAAGGUUGUCUUGCUAUUGAUUCUCUUCAAUUAUCAACAUUUCAAUGUUUAUAUAUUGAUUCAAGUUGUUUUCCACUUUUAUUAAGUUAUGUAUACGGACUGAAUGAUGCUACUGCGAAUCUUCGAUCAUCAUCACUUCGUAUAGAACCUUUGGUUUAUAAUUCGGCAAUGAGUCAUUUUCCUCCCAACACAUCAAUUUCAAUAAUCAUGAAAGAAAUGAUGGUUGAACAAUGGAAUCCUUCUCUAUCAUAUGAAUAUUUUUAUCAAGCUUGUGCGCCAGUAUAUUGUUCUUAUUCACAAAUAAUUCAUAAAGAGAAUUUUCUUGGAGUAAUUGUUAAACUAAUAUCAAUGAUUGGUGGUAUUGUUGUCUCAUUACGUAUUUUAACACCUCAUUUAGUGAAGUUUAUUUUGGGAUUUUCGAAAACAUUCAAGAAAAAAACUGAACAAGUUCAUUCUGUUCAUACCAGUCGAUUGAAAACUAUGAUAAAGAAUUUAAUAAAACUUAUACGUACUACAUUAGUUGAAAUGAAUAUAUUUACAUCACGCGAUCUCGGAAGUGAUGUUGAUCGAAUAACAGCAAAGCGUUAUGGUCAAUGGGCAACUCGUCUUUAUUUUAUCUUAUUUCUAAGUGGUCUUACUAUUCUUAUAUUUUAUACAAUUAUUCAACCGCACACAUUGACUAAAAAUUUUAAUAAACCAUCUUUCAUUUAUUAUAAUCAUUUGAGAAAAAUUUAUGCUGAUGAAUUAAGAUGCACAUGUUCAAAAAUAGCAUCAACAUAUAAUCAAUUUGCCCAAAUCGAACCAUUAUUUCACCCGAUAUGUAAAAGUGAAUUUGUUGUAAAAGAAAGGCAACUAGAUUUAGUCAAUGGUCUUAAUCCUAAUUUAACUAUUUAUGAACAAAGUGAUUACCGUCGAUUUCUUUCGCCUCAUUUACAGUAUCUUCAAGGAUUGUGUCAACUUUCACAACAAGCAGUCAAUAAUUCGAUUAAUGAAUUUCUAACAUCGCUAUUAGUUACUGUUGAUCUUCUAUCAAACACUAAUUUUGAAAAUCGACUGAAGAUUUUAGUAGAACAGAGUAAAUCUAGUGCUCCUAUCUUAUUUACUCGUCUUCUCCUUUUCACUCAAAGUAUUUUCCAUGGAAAUGCUAUAAUAUCAACUUAUGGAACAAAUUACAAAUAUAGUGCAUUAUCAAAUAGCCCUAGGGAAGUUUUUGCGUAUACGGAACCUAUUAUUUACGAUGAUAAUUGUUCAUGUGGAUUGUCUCCGAAUUGUACAACUCAAGCAAAUAUUCUUGAAACGAAAUCAACAAAAAUGUUGAUCAAAGGCAUGAAAAUGGGUUGCACACCAAGCCAGUCUUUUCUACGUUCGACUCUUGAAUGUUUCUAUGAUCAAUCAUGUCUUGAUCUUCUUCAACAAUAUACAAACUAUUCAUAUUCUUUAACUGCUCUUUCAUCGAAAACAACAAGUGCUAGUCGAUUUUCUCAGAAUACAACAAUAGAAGAACUUGUCCAGGAUUUAUUUGUUGAACAAUGGUCAACCCAAAUUAAUUAUUCAUUAUAUUAUCAACAAUGUUUACCUUCCGUAUGUUCCUAUACAACUAUUGGAAGAUUUGAUAUAUUUUACACAAUUAGUAUUAUACUUGGAAUUCAGGGCGGUUUAACGAUUGUCCUGAAAUGGAUUUGUCCAAAACUCGUUCGAAUUGGUUCAAAGAUUUAUUACCAUCGAAAGAGACGAAUCAAUCCUCUUCGUAUUGAAAUGCUACCUCCUCCAUGUGCAAAUCCAAUGAAUCAGCAUACAACUUGGAAUAAUGAUAUAGCACUAAUGAACACACGAUUGCCACGUAGUCCAUCGUUUUUGAAGAUCAUAUGUGUCAUUGCACCAUUAAUAUGCAUAUUAGUAGGUGCCAUUUUAUUUUCAAUAUAUUAUUCAAGACAAAACUCAACGACAAAUAUAACAACGAUCAAUGCUUUUAAUACAACAAUAGUCACAACUGUACCGGCAUCGUCGAACACAUCAGAACCAUUAUUAUGUCAACCUGCAUUUGAUCAAUUAUCAAUUAAUGUUUCAUGUCAAUCGAUUAUGUUAGCACCAAGCGUUAUUGCUGAUAUAAAUUCUGAUAAUAAAGUUGAUAUAAUAUUUCUUUGUCAAGAUGAUCGAACAAUACAUAUUUUACUUGGAGAUGACAAUAGUACAUUUGAAACAGCGAUGACAGUUAUUUUUGAUGUUGAUAUUUGGCCAUAUCAUAUUCGCGUUCAUGAUAUGAAUAAUGAUGGACAAGUUGAUCUCAUUUUAGCGCUAUACUCAGAAAUUAAUAUUUUAUUCGGCGUUGGAAAUGGUACGUUUCGUACACAAGAUAUGCAGUCCGUAGCUAUUGAGGGUUCUCCUCGUCAUAUCGUUAUAGUUGAUCUUAAUCAUGAUGAACUGUUAGACAUUAUCAUUAUAAUUGAUCUUGAAGAUUAUGUAUACAUAUAUUUGGCAGAUACUAAUGGAACCUUUCUAUUCCAGUCAACGUUGUUUAUAGAACAUUGGGCAUCCUCAUCAAGUUUAUUUGUUGUUGAUUUUAACAAUGAUACUCAUUUAGAUAUUGCUGUAGUGAAUGAACAUAGUCGUCAUAUUCAUGUUUUUUAUGCAGAUACUAAUGGAAGUUAUCAGCCACAGAAAUGGUUUUUCACUGCAUUCAAUGUUGACCAAUUUGGUGUAGUAGCAGGUGAUUUCGAUAGCAAUAAUCUAGCUGAUAUUGCUUUUCUUUAUAAUUGGGAGUAUAUGACAUGCAUGUUAUUUCGAAAUAAUAAUGAUACAUUUUAUGCUAAUGAGCAAAAAUUUAUGGGAUCGUCGAUACUAUUGGGCUCAACUGUUGUAGGCGAUUUGAAUGGUGAUAAAUAUUUAGAUAUAGUUAUUGGAACAACUACGCAAUAUGAAAUUUAUGGUUUACUUGGCAAUGAAAAUGGAAAAUUCCAAAUAUACAAUAUCUAUUCAAAUGAUCUUUCUAAUUAUGAAAUAUGGACUGAUAUUGCCGAUUUCAAUAAUGAUAAUUGUCAAGAUAUAAUUAGUAUAAAUACUUAUACCAAUUACAUAGACAUCUUCUUAAAUACAUGCGAAUGUGUAAUAAAUUAG